AAGGGGAGGUGCCCCCCUGGGGGAGACUGCGGCCAGUACCGGGCUUGUCUUCCCUUUGCCUUUAAGUUCCAUUUCUUGUCGGAGGGUAGCUGUGUGGCUCGUCCAGACACACCAUGGCCUCGGCCGCCGGGCUCUGGCUCCUGCUGCUGCUGGCCCCGGGCAGCGCCUACUUCCCCGAGGAGCGGUGGAGCCCGGAGUCGCCGCUGCAGGCGCCCCGGGUGCUGAUCGCGCUGCUAGCCCGGAACGCGGCGCACUCGCUGCCGGCGGUGCUGGGGGCCUUGGAGCGGCUGCGGCACCCGAAGGAGCGAACGGCGCUGUGGGUGGCAACAGAUCACAACACUGACAACACAACAGCCGUGCUACGAGAAUGGCUGAUAAAUGUGCAGACCUUGUAUCACUAUGUGGAGUGGAGGCCGAUGGAGGAGCCCAGGUCCUAUCCGGAUGAGGAAGGCCUGAAGCACUGGUCAAAUUCUCGCUAUGAGCACGUGAUGAAGCUCAGACAAGCAGCCUUGAAAUCUGCCAGGGACAUGUGGGCUGACUACAUCUUGUUUGUGGAUGCAGAUAAUCUCCUGACAAACCCAGACACCCUGGGCCUGCUGAUGGCAGAGAACAAGACCGUAGUGGCGCCCAUGUUGGACUCUCGUGCUGCCUAUUCUAACUUCUGGUGUGGAAUGACUUCGCAGGGUUAUUACAAACGUACUCCUGCCUACAUUCCCAUUCGAAAACGAGAUCGCCGUGGCUGCUUUGCUGUCCCCAUGGUGCACUCCACUUUCCUGAUUGACCUGCGGAAAGAGGCCUCCCGGGACCUUGUCUUCUACCCACCACACCCAGAUUACACCUGGUCUUUUGAUGACAUCAUUGUCUUUGCAUUUGCCUGCAAGCAGGCAGAGGUCCAGAUGUUUGUAUGCAACAAAGAGGUUUAUGGCUUCCUGCCGGUGCCACUGAGAGCCCACAGCACCAUGCAGGAUGAGAUGGAAAGCUUCAUGCAUGUGCAGCUGGAGAUAAUGGUGAAGAACCCUCCAGUGGAACCUUCACAAUACCUGUCCGUCCUGCCAAAGGUCCCUGACAAGAUGGGCUUUGAUGAGGUUUUCAUGAUUAACUUAAAGCACAGGGCAGAUCGACGAGAGCGAAUGCUGCGGACACUGUACGAACAGCAGAUCGACUGCAAAAUCAUUGAGGCUGUGGAUGGAAAAGCCAUGAAUAGCAGUGAGGUGGAAGCCAUGGGGAUUCAGAUGCUGCCAGGAUAUAAGGAUCCAUACCAUGGCCGUCCACUGACCAAAGGGGAGCUGGGCUGCUUUCUGAGUCACUAUAAGAUCUGGAAGGAGAUUGUGGAGAGAGGGCUGGAGAAAUCAGUUGUGUUCGAGGAUGACCUGCGAUUUGAAAUAUUCUUUAAACGACGGCUGAUGAAUCUGAUGUAUGACCUGGAAGAAGAGGGUCUGGAUUGGGACUUGAUUUACAUUGGGAGGAAGCGAAUGCAGGUGGAGCAUCCAGAGAAGUCUGUGCCUCACGUGCGGAACCUGGUGGAGGCAGAUUAUUCUUACUGGACUCUAGCCUAUGUGAUGUCCCUGCAGGGUGCCCAGAAGCUGCUGGCAGCUGAGCCACUCUCCAAGAUUUUACCUGUGGAUGAAUUUCUUCCUGUCAUGUUUGAUAAACACCCUGUCUCUGAAUAUAUGGAACAUUUUGAAAACCGGAAUUUGCUGGCCUUUUCAGUGGAACCACUGCUGGUUUACCCAACACAUUACACCGGUGAUGAUGGUUACAUCAGCGACACUGAGACCUCUGUGGUUUGGAAUAAUGAGAGUGUAAAAACUGACUGGGACCGUGCCAAAUCCCAGAAAAUGAAAGAACAGCAGGAGCUCAGCAAGGAGGCCAAGAACUCAGAUGUGCUCCAAUCACCUCUUGACAAUACAGCCCGGGAUGAGCUAUGACCAGAGCAGGCCCCUUCUAUGAAAUGGAUGAAGGGACUGAAUGUGAUAAGGAAGGGUGUGUGUUGGAGUGGGGGCAGAAAGCAGGGAAAGGGCUAUAGUAACAUCCUUCCAUGGGGAUUACUGGAGUUUCAUUGUGUCCAAGAAUAUAAUGGUAAAGUCACUUAGAUGACAAAGCCAAUGAGGGUCAUGGCUGAAGCCCCUCUGACUUCUGCUAUUGCAGGAUUCUAUGAGAGAGAAUGCUGGAGAAAGUCAGGUUUGCCAUGUCCAUCAAUUCAGCCACUGCUCUGGUUCAGCACAGGUCUUUACACAGUUGCUCGUUGUAGUGGAGAAGUUUUAUUCUUUGGUUUAGGAUAUUGGUACUUGAUAGGACAUUGGUCUUCCUGCCUCUGUUGCCAUGUGUGUAUCUGUGCUAGGAAUGUAUCUCAUGACCAGGGAUCCUAGUUUUCUCUGAUUUUAAAAUUCUCCAAUUAAAAAAACAUAAUUGGGGGAAAAACAUGGAUUUUUAAAAUGAAACACUGAAUGUUAGUUUCCCUAGCCAGAAUAUAUAUACGUAUCAGUUGAAUACAAUGUUUUAUUGAUCUAUUUACAGUUGUAAAAUGCUGGAAUGAUCCAGUCACAGGGUAUUGUUUCUUUACUGUUGUCAAGGGCCCUGCUGUUUCAGCCUCUCUUUCAUUUCUUUUCAGUCAAUUUAGCUCUUUCCAUGUGUUCUGCGAUUGUCUGCCUUCAAAUGUCAUCUACAGCCUUGCUGCAUACAGUACAGAACAGCAGGUUACCAUCAACAUUAAAUUUGUCCUUACCAAAUUUAUGGGUGUUAAAAGUCACCCGUCUUUCGGGUGACUUUUAAAGUUUUCAGCAUCUUUUUAUAACUUUAAUUACUCAUGGGCGGAGGCUGUAGUGAAAUUUAAGAUGCAUUAAAACACGACCCCCUAUAUGGCACUGAGUAACCUCUAUACGCCGCAAGCAGUUUAUUGGCGUAUGUUUAGCUAUGUGAAUUUAAAGCGCAUUCAAAAAUCAACCACAGAGGGGGAGGGUUGUGCACAUUAAAAAAGUGACACUGGUACUUUCAGUAAAAUUUAGUUGUUUUUUUCUCAGUGUAAAAACUAAAGAUUCUCUGUAAAAACACAUUAUACAUUUUUUCCCUGGCAAAUGGAUUUCUGGGAUCCCUAUUCAUGACCCUUGAAUGUUCUCUUGGGGAGGUGUCCGGGGAGGAGGGGUGAAAUGCUGCCAGAUCCUGCAGGUUCCUGCUAAUGAUGUGCCCUAAUAUAAGCUGAAGUCUUCUCUUUCUGUAAGACCAAAACUUUCCUAUUUUUAUAAAAUCUUUGGCUAUGA